AGUGUUAUAUUAUUAUACUUAUAAAAUUAUAUUUUUAUGUAAUAAAUAAUAAAUUUAGCGGUGUAAAUAAUAUAAAUCAAAAAUUUAUUAAAAUUUUAUUAAAAUUCAAUGAAAAUAGCUAUAAAUUUAUUUAUUGUUAUAUUAUUUUAAUUUUUGUGCAUUUAAAUAAUUCAAAAUUAUCACAAAAUAUUUUGGUGUUCUAUUAAAAAUUUAUGCAAAUAAGCAAAAAAAAAAAUUUUUUAUUGAAAAAAUAAAAAAACUGGGGGGUGACAAACAAACGGAAGUUAAAAAAAAUUUAUUAUAAAUAAUAAAAUUUUUAUUAAUUUAAAUAAUAAAAAAUAAUUUAAUUUAUAUUAGAAAUAAUUUUGAAUUCAAAUAAAUUAAAUUUGUUAUAAAUGUGUAUGAAUGUUAUUUAAAAAUUUAUAACAAAAUUAUAUUGAUAUACCUAUAAUAAAUAUUGGAACAAAUGUGCUAGAAAAAAUUAAGUUCAAUUAUUAUACACAUGUGCAUAUAUGAGUUUGAUAAAAAAUAAUAAAAAUAUAAAAAAAAAAUAAUUUUUGUGUACAAAUGAGUAAAUAAUAAAAAGUAUAUAGGUGAAAAUAAAAUAUAAUUAAAUUUUACAGCGAGGGUGAAUAUAAUAAUAUCUUGUAGUACCUUAUAAGAAUAAUAACGUUAAAAAAAAUAAUAAUAAGAAAAAGAAAAGGCAAACUAAAUACUUACAGUAGAACGGAUGUAUCUAUAUUGUGUUCGCGAAAGAACACAUCAUUUAUCAGAAACAAUAGCGGCAACAACAACAACAACAACAAUAAUAACAACAAGAAUAUAACAACAAAAAAUAUAACUAACAUUCUUUGUUUUUUUCAUUAUUAUUUUUUGGUGUUCCUAUACUAAAAAAAAAAGAAGAAAAAUAAAAACAAUUUCUCUUUUUUUUUUUUUAUUUUUUCUUCAAUCAUCAUAGCAAAGAUUCACAAACCAAUGUCAAUUUAAAAUUAAAUUCAAAUGAUGGUUUUUGGGACCAAAGAUAAACAAAAUUGAUAAUUGCUUUCAGAAAUAAAAGCUGGUCUUCUCAUUUUAACUCAUUUACUUUUACUUAUUAUUACUCCAAGGGUUGUACUCCUAUAUAUAUACAGUCGUUUGUAUAAAUGCGACACACCAUUUUAAAUUAAAAAAAAUAUAUAAAAGUAAAGAAAACAAAAUAACAGACCGCAAAAUAGAGGAGUCACUUUUAAUAUUUUAGGUGGCACACACAUAGGAAAAUAGCAAAAAUUAUACCAUGGAGGAUUAUAAAUUUUUAUUUAAGGUUGUAUUAGUUGGUAAUGCUGGUGUUGGUAAAACAUGUUUAGUUAGAAGAUUUACACAAGGACAAUUUCCACCUGGACAAGGAGCAACAAUAGGUGUUGAUUUUAUGAUUAAAACAGUUGAUGUUGAAGGUGAAAAAAUUAAGUUACAAAUAUGGGAUACUGCAGGUCAAGAACGAUUUAGAUCAAUAACCCAAAGUUAUUAUAGAUCAGCUCAUGCCUUAAUUCUAGUCUAUGAUGUUUCUUGUCAACCAACAUUCGAUUGUCUACCAGAAUGGUUAAGAGAAAUUCAAGAGUAUGCAAGUUGUAAAGUUUUACAAAUUUUAGUUGGUAAUAAAACGGAUCGUGAUGAUAGAGAAAUACCUACCCGAAUUGGUGAAGAAUUUGCAAAACAACACGAUAUGUAUUUUAUGGAAACAUCAGCAAAAGAAGCUGAUAAUGUUGAACGUUUAUUUUAUGAAAUUGCAGCUGCAUUAAUAGACCAAGCAAGAACAAAAGAUGCAACAAUGUUACAACGACACAAUAAUAAUAAUGAAUCAUCGAUAGGUUUAGCUAGUCUAACAGCUAAAGCAAAUCUUUUAAGUCAAAAUACAAGUAAUUGUUGUGCUAAUUUAGGAAUACAUAACAAUGGCAAGGAUAUAUAAUUGUAAAUAUCCUGUUUAUGAAACACAAAUUGUUUAAAAUUUUUCAUUUGUUUUUUGUUUUUUUUUUUUUGUUUUUUAAUAUUAAAAUAUUUUUUAGAAAUUAGGGAAUAAUUAUGCAAUAAAAGAAAAAGAAUUGAGAAAAAGAAAAUGGAAGAGAUU